AUGUCGGUGGUGAAAUCUAUUGAGCUGCUGAUACCCAAGGAAGUGUACUUGGCAGGCUCAACCGUGGAAGGGCAGCUGAUUCUCAGCCUUCACAGCACGCUGGUGGACCCUCUGCUGAAGGUCGAGCUCAUUGGGAGAGGCUACCUGGAGUGGACCGAAGAGGCUCACUUGGACAAGGACUACAGCCAGCGAGCCACCUGCGUUAACAAGGCGGACUACGUUCACAAGACGAAAACAUUCAAGAUUGAACAUAACUGGCUGGGCCCAGGGGUGCAUAAGUUUGACUUCGACUUCAUCUUACCUCCGAGGAUCCCGUCCACUUUCACCAGCCGCGUGGGAAGAAUCAGUUACUUCCUCCAAGCGCUCUGUGCCACGCGGGAACUGAUCCUCGGCAAGCAGAAGAAGUACAUCUUGGUCCAAGGGAUUUCCCUGUACAGCCAGGACACCGUGCAAUCCAAGUACCCUUUGGUGGUGGAAGUCCAGCAGGUCCUGGCGCACAACUGUUGUCUGCGGAACGCGCCCAUCACCUUACGCCUUUCGCUGAGCAAGAGCAUCUACCUUCCGGGCGACAACAUCACCUUCACCACCGAAAUCACCAACCCGACGGGCAAGUCCAUCCGGAAGGUGGUCUUCGCCCUCCACUCGGUGGUCCUUUACAAAGCAUUCAACUUCCGAGCGGAGCAGCGGACAUUAGAGCAACACGAAGAGAUGAUGCGCCUGGAGUCGAACAUCGAGCGGGGGCCUUGCGAAUUCACCAAGAUUCACAGCACCCUCUGCCUGCCCCAAGUGAUGCCCGUCACCAGUGCUCAAAAAUCGGACGACAUCAUGGAGAUAGGUUACGAGCUGACGGGCACGGUCCACUUCCCCUGGUGCCUCAACCGGGUGGUGGCCAAGAUCCCCAUCGUGAUCAGAAACGAGGCCACGGGGUCGCCCAAAGAAAGGAGGGAAGACCAUGGUUCCCUCACCCCCCCACAAAACCCUCCGCCGUUUUUAUCCAAAUAG